AUGUUUUUUUUGAGAAAAAGUGAUAAUAACGGGGAAAAUAGUGAAAUUGGAGAAGCAACACCACUAUUAUUAAAUAAAAGAAGAAUUUUAUUUGAAAUACCUACAUUUGAAUGGGAUUUCAUAAAAAAAAUAAUUAUUGUUAUAGUUAAAAAAAUAAUUAUUUUUUAUUUAUUUAUUUUUAUUAUACUAUUAUCAUUGAUAUCGUUAAUUUUAUAUGUGAAUAAGAGGAAUCUAUCAGAGGGAUAUAAAGUUUCAUUUGAAGAAAUUGAUGUGAAAAAUGUGACUAAAGAUGGACUUAAUAUAUGGAUAACUGGUUUUGUUGAAGUUGAUUAUUCUAAUAUUAAACCUAAGAUUGUAAGAAAAGUAUGGAAAGGUUUUACAGGAAUGAUGGGAAAUUUGAAUAUAUAUGGAUUAAAUUUUAAUAUUUAUCUUCCAGAUUAUUCAGAAAAAAAGGUAGCAACAGUAAUUUUAUCUAAAAUUGAAAUAGAUAUACGAGAUCGACAUUAUACGAAUUUUAAUGAAAUGACCUUUUCAAAAUUUGAUAAUUCAAUGGUUUUAAUAGAAUCACUUAAACAUUUUUCUCAAGAAAAAUUUUAUGAUAUUAAAAUAUCUAGAGAUGCGAGUUUUCGUUUACAUUUUUUUCAUUUUUUGGUAUUUCCAGUAUCUAUUGGUAGAAUGACGAGUAUCUAUAAUUUUCCUGAAACAAGUCUUGAUAAAGUGUUUGAUAUGAAUUCUCUAGUAAUUAAAGAUUCAUCGUCCGAUUAUCUUAAUGCUGAAAUUCAAUUGAGUACCAAAAUAGAUUUUUCAAUUAGUACAUAUCUUCCUUAUUUAACAUGGAAUGUAUUGGUUCCUUCUUGUGAUGAGACAAAGCAUAUAAAAAUUGCGAAUAUUAAAAGCUAUUUUUUUUAUAUAAAAUCAUCAAAAAGACUCAAUAUAACACUAUUAUCACGUAUAAUAUUACCUAAUAAUGAACUUAUAGAUGUUUGCAAUGAUACUGGAAUUUCACCAUUGAACAGAAUAGUUUCUCAAUGUUUUUCUAAAAAUUAUCCAUAUAUCUAUAUAAUAGGUGACGCUUCUGAAACUUCUAUGGAAUCAUACGUUCCUUCAUGGUUAUUUCGAACAUUAACUACUACUGAAAUUCCUAUUCCUCUCUAUGGAUUCCCUAAAAUAAACUUUAUAAAAUCAGUUAAAAUAGAUAAAUUUGUGGUGGAAGAUAAUAAAAAAGGUUUGACUCGAAGUGCUUUCUGGUCUUCUCCUAGUUUUUAUGGAAUCGUUACUGUUAAAAUAGGAUUUCCAGGUACUUUUGACUUUUAUAUAAACGUUACACAUAUUUGUCUCAAUAUUGAAUUAUCAAAUGAUGGUAUACCUUUUUCAAAAAUUUCACAGAACGAUUGGGUUUCUUCUACUUCUUUAAGACCAAUGCCUUCUGUAUUGCUAUUAAAAACAAAAAUAUAUGAUAAAUAUUUCAAAAUUUUAAACACAACUGCAUUCAAUAAAAUACUCAAGGAAAUCAUUUUACAUAGAACUAAUAAUUUCACUUUUUACAUUAAAGGUAAUAUAUCUUUAAAACUUGAUUCUCGUUUAGGUUUCCUUUAUUUUCAAAAUGUUCCAAUAUCUACUAAUGUUUUGAUCGAAUAUUGA